CUACUUGAUGCGCUCCUGACGGAACUAAAUGGAGGAAGGUCUCCAGGUAGGCCAGUACCGCUAACCCGGCGCCUUCUCGUCCCAUUUCUGUUGCUUGUCACCGCUGUGAGACCGAGAAACCAGGGGCAGGGCCACAUUCUCUCGACAAAACCCGGAGCACUCUCAAAUUUCAUCAAUUCAACGGCCUUGAGAUGUCACAGCACGGUCACCCUGGCGAAGCUCUUGAGACCACUUUGGGCGACCCCGCAGUCAAGCAGUCGCAAGGCAGUGACUCUGUAGAGCGUGGAACACAAUUGGAGGAGUCUACUGUGGAAGUUGCAGCCAACUAUCCGCAGGCCGAUGACUCUGUCGAAACUCGGACACUAUUAGAGCAGUCUGCUGUGGAGGUCGCAGCCUCACUUGAACCCCAACCCGAUGGCACACCUUCCGAGAAUCCUGAUCAUGCAGGAGAGCACCGUCGAGAGCCAAGCACGACGAGUCUUGUGUCGACCGAACUCCCUAAGAGAACGCGGCUGAGUUUUGCGCUCUCCAAGACCGGGUGGGAUAUUGCGCUUGUGACUCUCACCACGGGCGUGUUUGUGGUUACGGCGUGGUUUGCCCAGGCUACCUUCUCCGUCUCCUCGGUGAGCAACUUGAAUUCAAGCUUAGCAAGAAUGCUGGACGUCAAUAUUUCUUCCACCUUGACUAUCCUGAGAUCGCUCCAAGCGGUGCUGUCCGUCUUAGCGACCUCGAUCCUGCUGAAAUCUUUUGAGAUGGUGCAGUGGGCUCUAGCUGCCCGAGAGGAUGGCGUCGGAUCGCUCUGCUUGCUAGGUCUGUCGCCGACGUCCAGCAUUCUCGGGACGCUGCAAUUAGUCUGCAGCAGAAGGGCAAGAUGGAUGGAUCGAGCGGCCGCUUCCGCACGCGUUAUCCUGCUCGCAGCGAUAUGGAUCUCGGGAGUGGUGCUCUUCGCAAGAACUCGGUUGGUGGUGGAGUACGAGUCUGUGAAAACGUACAAUGUCACUGCCGGCGUGGGCGAGUUCAACGGCUCGUAUAUACCCGAGUACCUGCAGCAGUUCCAGGACACCAACGCCGGGUAUAACUAUUCAGUCCUGCCCUACUCCACCGUCGUCACGGCGUCCAACCUAGUUGUCAAUCCCAUGCAUUCCACAGCCAUCGACCCGGUGAUCUGUGCCAGUGGCAGAGUCUGCCACGGAUACCUCAUGUCCGGCGGUUUGAUCAUGACGACUCCGUGGCCGCCAACCGACUACCCUUCAUAUCCGGUAGUGACCAUCCGGGAUGCGCCUUCCACGCAGAUCGACUUCGUGCGAGGCAUCCAUAACGACACCUUUGUCGACUCGGAGGACUGUCUUGUCUUUGGUGCCGACGGGUUCCUGAUCGGGAUCAAGUUCUGUCUGGCGCGGAGUCAAUCGGCCCCAGGCUCCCUGUUCGCAGGCGUCUUUGUGUGCACCGAAGGGAAGCAUGGGGACGAAUGCUGGACAAACACCAAGCCUGCCGAGGUCACCACUACGUUCUCGGUAUACCGCAGGCACGCGUUGAUAGUCGCCGCCAGGUCAAACUUUUCAAUCCUCUCAGUCGAUAACGUAGACGUGCCCGUACAAGUUACAAACCUCGACAUCGAAGGCCUGAAAGAGGCCUACACCUGGAUGUUCAACUUCAGCGCGGCGGGAAUUCCAGCCCCGUCUUCGAUCGCCCAGUACUUCUGGACCGUACAGGAUCAGCUGGAGAACGCGUAUUGGUCCAUCGAGCCGUACCAGAUUUUUCAGAGCAUCCUGGCUUUCCCGCUGUGGCAGUUCAACCCGAAUAACUUUGGCAACGUGCAAUUGGACGCGCAGAACAUCGUAGCCGGCCUCCCAGAAGAUUUCUACACUACUGCGUCAAUUGGUGAUCCGUAUGAUAAAAUCGUGGUGGACCGGUGCGUUAGUGAUGAUCUCCCCCUGCAACUGUUUGCUAACCGCCCUGGCAGCCCGAUGUUCAUCUUGUUUUGUACGCUGCAGUCAAUCGUGCUGGGGUUGGCUUGGACUGUUCUGAUCUGGGCGUGGAUGACAAAUCCUGAUCUUCCAGAGAUAUCCUCCUACCCGCUGGUCGACUUUGCGAUGAAGACUCGUCUCGUGGACGCAUCCCUGCCGGCGACCAACUCCCACGCCGGCCGCGAUAUGGAUGACGGGCUAGCCGCAGCGGCGGGUGACAAGCUGAUUAGAAAAUACCUGCAGAACAUUAGGGUCGUGAUCAGGUCGAAGCUCGAACUUCGCCCAGCCAAGGUACCGAAGAUGGCGUCAGAGGAGACCGUCGCGACCUAAGAAGAAAGAGAAGACGUGGUGUCAAAAGGGCAUUAGAUCUUUCCGCCCAGACGAAAGGCAGUAUGAUGGAGAAUCGCAGAACGAAUUCCAAAAUGCACAGCGACGAAUCUUGACCUCUCCAGCGUCCAUUUCCGUUUCCACGCCUGAACAUCCCGCCGUUUGAC